UACAAGUAGAAUUAUAAUUGGAAAGAAAACUUUUUAAAGGAAUAGUGUUUAUUUUGUUGAUAAUGGCAAAUGUACUACUGACUAUUUUACUUAUAUUAAGCUGUGUGUUCAGUUUUCCGAGUGGGGGGAAUGCGCAAAGUAAUCUGACUGACGCUGAGAUCGGUAAACAGUGUUCCUCUGCACAACUAUCAUGCAAACAAUGCAUUACAACAAACCCCAGGUGUACGUGGUGCAACGACAACAGGGUACCGACAGCUAUUCGCAAGAACUGCAAACUAGACAGAGAGAACAACCAGACAUGCAGCGUCGGUGUCAACUCCCCACAAACAUUAAUUAACAAAACUAUUAAUGAAGAAUUCACAGCAGAAAACAAGACAAAUGUGACGCAUCCAAUACAACUGAGACCACAGGAAAUAUCAUUGAAACUGAGAAUAGGCCAACCAACCAAAGUUAACAUCACGUUUCAUAAACUUAUUGACUUCCCACUUGAUUUGUAUUACGUCAUGGACCUUUCAUUAUCGAUGCGCGACGACCUCGCCCAACUUAAGAUUCUUGGUAGUUCUUUAAUUGAUGUUCUUCGUAAUGUUACCGUCAAUACACGACUUGGGUUUGGAACUUUCGUUGAUAAAGUCAUUGCUCCAUUUGCUUCGGAUAACAAAUACAUAGUUAAGGACGCUUGUGAUUCAGUGAGCACAACAUGUGUUGAACCCUUUGGUUUCCACCACCAACUCAAGAUGUCAUCAGACACCACCAAGUUCAAACAAGCUGUUGAAGAAACCAUCAUCUCCACCAAUAUAGAUGAACCUGAAGGUGGUUUUGAUGCGUUGAUGCAAAUAGCUGUGUGCCAGGAUAUUAUUGGUUGGAGGAAAGAAUCAUUAAAAGUCGUUUUGUUCACGUCGGAUGACUCGCCACAUAUUGCGUUGGAUGGGAAAUUAGUUCAAAUUUUGAAACCAAAUGAUAUGAAAUGUCACAUGGACUUAAUAAAGUCCUCUGACCCCAAUAAGCAGAUAUGGGAAUAUACAGAAAGCAAAACACAGGAUUACCCAUCACUUGGCCAACUUAAACAUGUACUUGAACAAAAUAAAGUUCAAACUAUAUUCGCCGUCACACAGAACAUGAGGUCGAUGUACGAGGAUAUUCACUCUCUACUUCCCAACGCGCACAUUGCAACGUUGAACACAGAUUCGAGCAACAUUCAAGACAUUAUAUCAAGCUCGUAUGAUAAAAUUCGAAGUCGUUUUGCUUUCAAUAAACCGACUGCAGUUAAAGGUUUGGACAUCAAACACCGAGUGUUGUGCCAUGGAACGGAUACUUGGUCAACCAGUUUGUUGUGUGAGAAUACUAAGCAAGGACAAGAGGUUAUAAUAGAACUGGAAAUCACUGCAAAUGAAUGUCCAUCAAGUGGGAGCCAGACGGAUGUAAUUAAAGUGACUUCCGAUCAGAUUAGUGACGUGGUCACCAUUAAAGUGGACUACCAUUGUAAAUGUAGUUGCGAGGAUGAAAUAGCUUCGAACAAUCGAUCUCUAUGCAGCUUCAAUGGAGAUUUCUUGUGUGGAAUGUGCAACUGUGACAGUGGUCACACAGGAUCGUAUUGUCAGUGUGAAGCAACAACAACUAUUAAUAUGAACGUGAACUGCACUGACCCUAAAUCACCAAACGGGAUGUGCAAUAACAAUGGUAUGUGCGACUGUGGAGAAUGCAUAUGCAGCCCGUCGUACAACGGAACAUUUUGUGAAUGCAGUUCUACUGGUUGUCCUUCUGCAAGUGGAAGCAUGUGUGGUGGUUCUGAUAAAGGAAGAUGUGAGAAUUGCUACGGCAACAAGCAGUGUGUUUGUAACACCAACGAUGGAUGGUAUCUUGACCAAUCAGGAGAGUGCACAUGUAAUAAUCGUUCAUGCAUGGCAGCGGGGAGUAACGUGACAUGUUCGGGUCAUGGCACAUGCGACUGUUCUACUUGUACCUGCUCCGAAAACAUAUUAUACUGGGAAGGAAAUCAUUGCAACCGAUGCAUUCACCCCGCUUGUAACCUACUUAACAUAAACGCAACAUGUGAUGAUGAACAACUACAAGCGUGCGCAAAGUGUAUUUGUUACAAGGCUGAAUCAGAUUGUAAGGAAGUUUGUCUGGAUAAAGAUAUCCGAACACGCGUGUUGUCUUCUGUUGCGCAAUGUGACAAAUGUAAAGAAUCUUAUACAGACGCGUGCAAACAUUGUUUAAAUGAUGAUGAUCGACACGACCCAGUACAUUGUCGGGUGAGUGACGGCCAAUGUUCGGUCACCUACAACAUAUUGUGGCAUCCAUCGCUUAAAACAUAUUAUCUGCUCGUUAAAUCAAGGAACUCAGAUCUGGAUUGUGAAUACCUGAACCCGUUGAUCAUAGCCUUGCCAACCAUUGGAGGCGUGUUGUUGACCAGUAUGAUCGCGUUACUUGUGGCAAAAAUAUUGAAAACAAAUUACGACAAACGGAAAUGGGAGGAGUUUCAAGCGGAAGUCAAGAAAAGUAAAUGGACAGAAUCGAACAACCCAAUCCACCGUGAAGCGAAACAAACGUUCGUUAACCCGAGAUUUAUUGGAAACAUCGAUGAUCUUUCCCCCAGCUCUACAAAUACGUAUGAAGAACUUGCAAAAGAAAUGCAAAUAUAAACAACUGAUAUCAAAUGUAUACCCUAAGGUAAUUCUGCAAAAACGUAAAAUUAAAACAGCUUUAAAAGUGAACUUAAUAGGAUGUCACAAAGUAAUAUGAAGCUAAUUGUCUAAAUAAUCCAAAGUGAUGGAACACCCUUUACCUUUUUUUCUCGUCCCAUUUGGGACGUUUAUUUAUAAUGAUUAAACUUUAUCAAAAAGUUAGAACAUUGAAUUGUAAUAUGUUUUUAACUCAAAGCAAGUUUUAAUAACUGUCUUUUUGUAAUUAUGUGUAUUUUCCUAAUCUUUACUGCAUAAGUUUAUUAAGACAAAACGUUAUUAUUGUGACAUAUUUUUUGUAUUAUCUUUGUAAAACACAGUAUGUUUUGAACUUUCUUGAUUAUGUUGCUUUAUUUUCCCCUUUUGGCCGUAAUGUCUGCUUGUUUAAUAUUAUUUUAUUGUAUAUAGUAGUCUUGUUUAGUGUUUUUUUGACUAGUUAUUUUUAUGGGCUUACAUGAAUACUUAAAAGCUUGUUUCCAAAUACUCAAUAAUAUUCUAGAUUUGUUUUAGGUAAUUUAUGUUCUUUGGAUUAGUUACCACGUGUGUAAAUUUGUGGGCGAUUAUUUUUUGUUUUUUUUAUUUAUAAACCAUUGGGCCAGAGAUAUUUUUCUGCUGGUUCAAAGAAUUAUUUACAUAACUAUUUAUUUUUAAAGAAACGCAUUUACAAUAACGCCGAAAUAAAAUAUG